GUGUUGGUUCCUCAGUAUCGUACUGGACACGUUUGGCAUCGGCAGUAUCCAAACGGCCAUCCGGAUCGCUCGGCAGCACAAACCGUCGUUUUCGAUCGUCGUGAUUAUCGAGGAAGGAUUUUCUUCACGAGCUCCUACGGGGAGAAACAGAGUUGAUUUUGCGGUUUUGACGAACGUAUCGACAUCUCCAAAAUGGUCUCCAUCGAGCGCACGGCGAUGAUCAUCUUCGGGCUGGCCCUUUUCGUAACUUCGGGUUCCGCCUUACGAUGCUGGGUAUGCUCGUCCAACGUAAAUGUCAUGUGCAAUGACCCAAUGAACACUACAGAUCACCAGGCUGCGUUCCACGUAAGGACUUGCGACCCAGGCCCUUACGGUUCCUCAAAACCUAUCUGCCGCAAAAUCGUCAAACGAGAAUACGGCGAUCGGAUUAUCAUACGCCAGUGCUCCACUCCGUAUCAUGACGAAAUGGAAAUCACCAACGGCCAGUGCGGCAACUCCCUGACACAGCCAGGACGUGAUGUAAUCGAGUCCUGCCACAUCUGCAGCACCGAUUUGUGCAAUUCCGCGACGGAUGCCUCCGCGAUGAGGCUGCUCUACGUCGCCACGAUGAUACUUCUUGCCUGCACUUUCCACCAGUCGAAAUACGUUCUUUAACCUUAUGAUAUUAAUCUAUAGUUAAUGAUAAAAGAAAAGCAGAGAAAAGAAAAAGAAAAAGGUAAAAGGGAAAAAAAGGGAGAAGAGCGGUUCGAACAAUAGCUACGAAUACUUAAUGUUGUAAAUCUGUACGACUAACAAACUUUCACUGUGAACGAACGCGAAUUGUUUCCCCGACUCGAUGGCGAUUCGAAAGAAUGCGAUGAAAAAAGUGCACGGCUGAAGAAGCCUUGCGUAAUUUCUCUCACCCGGUUCAAGAGCAAUCCGAUAUUGCGAAACGCGAAAAUUACGAACGAGAAAGCGCGUGGAUUUUACAAUUAAUAUUUUGAUUCAAUCGAAUUUGCUGUAAGUACAAAAUAAAAGACAUAACAUAAUCAUGUGUA